AUGGCGUGUUUGAUUUAUAUUUCUACUGCAUGGUUCUGUCACAUUGAAUCCUCGAUACUCCUGGGGUAUAGUUCUCCUUCUCUCUCCACCCAUCAACCCUCGAUACUCCUGGGGUUUAGUUCACUUUCCCCUCCUUCUCUCUCCACCCAUCAACCCUCGAUACUCCUGGGGUUUAGUUCACUUUCCCUCCUCUCUCCACCCAUCAACCCUCGAUACUCCUGGGGUAUAGUUCUCCUUCUCUCUCCACCCAUCAACCCUCGAUACUCCUGGGGUAUAGUUCUCCUUCUCUCUCCACCCAUCAACCCUCGAUACUCCUGGGGUUUAGUUCACUUUCCCCCCCUUCUCUCUCCACCCAUCAACCCUCGGUACUCCUGGGGUUUAGUUCACUUUCCCCUCCUUCUCUCUUCAUCCAUCAACCCUCGAUACUCCUGGGGUAUAGUUCUCCUUCUCUCUCCACCCAUCAACCCUCGAUACUCCUGGGGUUUAGUUCACUUUCCCCUCCUCUCUCCACCCAUCAACCCUCGAUACUCCUGGGGUUUAGUUCACUUUCCCCUCCUUCUCUCUCCACCCAUCAAUCCUCGAUACUCCUGGGCUAUAGUUCUCCUUCUCUCUCCACCCAUCAACCCUCGAUACUCCUGGGGUUUAGUUCACUUUCCCCUCCUUCUCUCUCCACCCAUCAACCCUCGAUACUCCUGGAGUCUAGUUCUCCUUCUCUCUCCACCCAUCAACCCUCGAUACUCCUGGGGUUUAGUUCACUUCCCCCUCCUCUCUCCACCCAUCAACCCUCGAUACUCCUGGAGUCUAGUUCACUUUCCCCUCCUCCUCUCUCCACCCAUCAACCCUCGAUACUCCUGGGGUUUAGUUCACUUUCCCUCCUUCUCUCUCCACCCAUCAAUCCUCGAUACUCCUGGGGUAUAGUUCACUUUCCCCUCCUUCUCUCUCCACCCAUCAAUCCUCGAUACUCCUGGGGUUUAGUUCCUUUUCCCCUCCUUCUCUCUCUACCCAUCAACCCUCGAUACUCCUGGGGUAUAGUUCCCCUCCUCUCUCUACCCAUCAAUCCUCGGUACUCCUGGGGUUUAGUUCACUUUCACCUCCUUCUCUCUCCACCCAUCAAUCCUCGAUACUCCUGGGGUAUAGUUCUCCUCCUCUCUCCACCCAUCAAUCCUCGAUACUCCUGGGGUAUAGUUCUCCUCCUCUCUCCACCCAUCAAUCCUCGAUACUCCUGGGGUAUAGUUCUCCUCCUCUCUCCACCCAUCAACCCUCGAUACUCCUGGGGUUUAGUUCACUUUCCCCUCCUCUCUCCACCCAUCAACCCUCGAUACUUCUGGGGUAUAGUUCUCCUUCUCUCUCCACCCAUCACUCCUCGAUACUCCUGGGGUUUAGUUCACUCUCCCCUCCUUCUCUCUCCACCCAUCACUCCUCGAUACUCCUGGGGUUUAGUUCAUUUUCCCCUCCUUCUCUCUCCACCCAUCAACCCUCGAUAUUCCUGGGGUUUAGUUCACUUUCCCCUCCUUCUCUCUCCACCCAUCAAUCCUCGAUACUCCUGGGGUUUAGUUCAUUUCCCCCUCCUUCUCUCUCCAUCCAUCAAUCCUCGGUACUCCUGGGGUUUAGUUCACUUUCCCUCCUUCUCUCUCCACCCAUCAACCCUCGAUACUCCAGGGGUCACGUUCACUUUCCCUCUUUGCAUCCCUGGAAUAUGUCCACCAUCGAUAUUUUAGGGGUUACGUUCACUUCUCUUUGAAUCCCUGGAAUAUGUCAUUAUUUAAUGCUCGUCUAGGCAUUGUAGUAAACAUGUGUUGUAGAUAUUUGACCAACUACAAUGGUACUACAGUAAACUGUUCGUUGAGAUUGAUAUAUAUAGCUAUACACAAAUGAAGAUUUAUAUUGAUACGGAGUUGGUUCAUGACAUGUAUUUUAUAUAAAAAGUAUUUACAUGAUAUUAUGGUUGACAAAAUAAAAUAUUCAAGCUUCAA